GAAAGAAUUCAAAGAAGAGGAAAAGUGACAGAAUAUUUAGGUUGUGUUUAAUAGUGUUUUUACCAUUCACCUGAGAAGCAACUUGUCUCUCUGACAUCAUGUAACUAUCUUUAGUCCUUUCUCGUGGUUUUGUUGUUAUUUUAGAAAAGUAAAGCCAGAUUUUUUUCUGUAUUUUUCGUUUCUUUUUUCAGAAAAUGCAGAAAACAUUCAUCAAGUAUUAACAGCUGCGUCAGUGAAGGUGUUUUAUUGGCCAAUUUCGACCAAUCACAGAGCGCUUUAUAUGCAUUCGCCAAUAGAAUUCAGCCUUGAUUAACAGAAUAAAUUAAGUGGUUUUCAAACAUGGCUGCUUGAAGUGUUUUUGUAAUAACGUGACAUUGAAUGGAAACAAUUCAAACAAAUGCUAAAAUGUCCAAAUUGUCGCCUAGAAGUUGAAGAUGGAAUUGUAGAAAGAACGCAGCUUUCGUCAAUGCGCAUAGAAAAUGCCUGAUGUUAUUGUAAUCUCGAGCGAUGAGGAAGAAAAUGAGAGUGGUUUUACCAACAUCAAGACAAAAAUAUCUGACAAGACGAAUCUAGUUGAUGUAAUAGACUUGACUGUCAAUGACAAAGACUGCGGAUUUACUCUCAGCAAAUCGAAACUGAGAGCCUUAAAGCAGAAUAGAUUGUGCAGCACAAGAACUAUCAGUCAUGAAAAGAUCAAGGCUAUCAACGAAAAAAGUCCAAAAACAGAUCUGGACAAGUCUCCUGUCAAGAUGCCCACUUCACCAUUCAAAAUUAGUCCGGAUAAAUUGAACCAUUUGAGGCCUUUACUAAGUAUAGAAUUGGGAAAAUUUUCUGAAAGUGUACUGGUAAAAAGUCCUAAAGCAAAGAAAGAGAACAUGGAUGAUGACAUGGAUACUUUACCAAAAGGAAUUGGAUCUCCUGCGAAGAAUAAAACAGUAAAAUCAGCUAGCCCAUCACCAUGCAAGGUAUCAGAAAAAAAGCAAAAAAAUCUAUUAGAAUAUCUUAAAUCAUCACCUAAACGGUGCUGUUUGAAAGAUGAGUUUGACAAGAUGAAGUUAUCUCCAACCAUGAGUCUGGAGACAACACCAACUAAAACUCAAUCUACGCUUGAACAUUGGGCAACUCCAACGAAGAGGAUGAGGGUGAUGGAAGAACCUGCAGUUACCCCAAGCACUGAUAUAAGUUCAAGACGAAAUGAACUUGUCUGGCCACCUCGUCAUGUCCUGUUAGGGAAUGAAGAUUUCAUCAAAAGGCUGUACAAAAGCUCGCGGGACUUCCCUACUUCUUAUCAGUACCUUAUUGAGAGCCUACAAGAUGAGGAACUACAUUUUUUAAUGAUUAGGAGUUGUGAAAACGUGAUGAGUAAUGAUUAUGCACCACCAUGUGUAGUUAUUAGGAAUUUAAUUGGCAUCAUGGCAUCAAAGAAGUCCACUUCAGGACUUGUUAGCAUGGCAUAUUCUUUGCUAAAUGAUAUUCUGGAAAGAUAUCCUACCAAAUGUGUGGCCAUACAUGUAACAUGGGAAGAUAUUGAAAAGUACCUCAACGAUACAAGACCAUGUAGCAGGCUAGCAUUUGGAUAUCUUCUCUCUGUGCUUUCUGUUGAACUGAAAGCAGGUGCACUAAAGUCAAAACAGAGGCGACUUUCAAAGCACUUUUCCGCUGAUUUUAACAUACAACGUGUUAAGGACGUUAUUUCGUGUCUUAAGAAAUGCCUUCAAAAUCACACGGGAAGGGCGGAAUUUUUAGAGAUACUGCAAAACUUUUUAAAACUGUUCAUGAUUGUGAGCUUGAAUAAAGGUUAUGUUGCCGUGCGCUUGGCAGAUGAACUCUUGGGUCUCUAUAUUGGGCUACCCAACCUGGAGCAACGUGUAUUGCUGUUACGAUCAAUGCAGUCGCACCUUGUCCGUGAACACUUGAUCAGCAUUUUGCUUGUGAACUAUUGUGAAUUACCCAAAGCUUUCAAACUGACUGAUGAAUUACAGUUAUGCAUGAAGAAAAUCUUGUUGCAAGACUUUAACAGAAAGCCUCCAAAACGAAGUGGUGGACUUAGUUAUUCAGCUGAAGAUGUGGAGGAGUAUGUCACACUCUUAGCGUAUCUUCUUCAAAGCUACGUCGUCAUACACAUGCCAAGUUUGCAUGGUUAUCAUAAUGAUUAUUCAUUGUGUUAUCACGAUGAUGUGAAAGAGUUCAGCCAGGAGGAUCUUAGCUAUUUGAAGGAUUUAGAGUCCUACAUAUCAAAACUUCAAGGGAGAUGUGAAGAAUUUCUCAAAGAAGAUCAUCAUUUAUCCCUUCGAACAGUCUUACUUUUUCACAUGAUGAGAGCAAUUAUAUGAUUUCAUCAUAUACAUAGUUUUAUAUAGUUAAAUGAAUGUUUUUAUAAGGGUAGAACAAAUGUAAGAUGUGAGAACAGAUUUUUAGGAUUUCCACUAUCAAUUGUGAACCAUCUCAAUUAAUGUAGGCAGGACGAUGUAUUGAAAACUCUUUUGUUGGUGAAUUGUGUUUUGUUUUGUCUAAAAUAAUUGGGCGUUUUGUUCCUGGUCUCAAACCAAUUGUUUCUGCAAAAUGAACAAUAAACAAUCUGUCAUAGAGAUACAGUGUAUAUAUCUUUUACCAUA